GGUGUGACAUAACCUCAUUAUUACACUGUUAUGGACAUUGUCUUGUUUGUUAUUGCUUGCGGUCAAACAUUCCAAAGAUAAAUUAACAUGUUAGAAAUUCGAUCUCUUUACUGAUAAGUGCUGUUUGGCAAUGACGAUCUGUAAACAAUUUCGAAGUUAUUAUCUGACGUCUCGCAGUGCGAUAAAAAUAUAUUUGCAACUAGUUUGGUCAGUUUUUCAAGACGUGUAGAGACUAGUCAAGAUGGACGAACCACUGCAAAAUCCGCCUUCUCCCGAAUCUCAAACGAAAACCGCCUGCUUUUACCUGCUAAGGUUUUUACGACAUAUCACUGUAGAACCCACCCUGGUUUUCUACAUGAUGGCCUUUAUGCUCACCACUGUCAUAGAACAGGCGUUUUUCGUCUACAAGGCCUGUUCAGUUAAUCAUGGCUACAAUGAUACCAUAUGUCGCAACAUAAACAAUAAGGAAUAUGAGAAUAUCACUAAAGAAGUCCAGAUAACCGUUUCCAACUUUCAUCUUUGGAACGAUAUAGCUGGACAUGCUGGUCAAAUUAUUUUAGCGUUCUUCAUGGGCGCCUGGUCGGAUAGAAGAGGAAGAAAAGUACCACUAUUAAUGGGAUUAAUUGGAAAGCUGUAUUAUUCCGUUAUGAUAGUAGUGAAUUCUUUGCAAACCAAUUGGCCCGUAGAAUAUAUAGUUUAUACAGCCACUUUACCGAUGUCUUUUACCGGGGCUGACGUGGCUAUAUUUGCAUCAGCUUUCACUUACUUGGUAGAUGUAUGUAGCUUGGAAACGAGGACGAUGAGAGUUACUUUACUGGAAGUCUCCUAUUUGGCCACGAUGCCAACUGGAAUCGCCUUAGGAGCUUACAUUUUUAGAAAAGUUAAUCAAUCCUAUUCAACAAUGUUCAUAAUUAAUGCUAGUCUUCUGGUGGUGGCAAUCUUGUACUCUCUUAUUAGAUUGAAAUGGCAAUCAUCGUCCAACCAGAGGCCCCUAUCUGAAGCACACAAUUUAUUUUUGGACUUUUUCGACUUUAAUCACGUAGUGGACACUACUAGCACCUUAUGCAAGAAACGGGCGCACAAAAAGAGAAUCAUCCUGAUGCUCUUGAUCCUGAUGAUGGCGCUCUACGUUUUCCAAAGGGACGAACGCAAUACUAUGUAUCUUUACUGCCAGUUGGUGUUCCACUGGACAGUGAGUCAAUACAGCACAUUCCGGACAGUCCAGAGCAGCCUUCAAGCUGUGGUUUUACUGGUGGUCGUUCCUCUGAUGAAUAAAUUGUUUGGGUGGCGCGACACUGUGAUAAUGAUGACCGGAGCUCUUGCCCAUACACUAGCAAGGGUGUUUUAUUCUUCUGCUACAGCGGCUUGGGUAUUUUAUUUUGGUGGUUUUUUUGCCGCAUUUGGACCUAUCGUUGCUCCUAUCAUUCGUUCGAUGGUUUCCAAAAUUGUUUUGCCAUCGGAAAAAGGUAAGAAAGCUCUCGAUUUUUAUUUCGCCCCUGAGGGUUGCGUGCGAUCAUUAAAACAAAGAAAGGCAUUUUCCAUGUUGGGAGUGGCUGAUAACGCAAUUCCGCUGGUUUCGGGUGUUUUAUACAGCAAACUCUACAAUAUGACUAUUCACACUCAUCCAGAAGCUAUCUAUUAUUUGACAAUGGCUUCUCAAGGUGGAGUGUUUUUGCUGGUUUUAUAUAUUCACUUCGUAUACAAGGAAGAGAGAUUAGAACCGGAGUCGGCAUAUGAGGAAUCUUCAUAGCAACACUGAUUGGAUAUUUAAAAUGAGGUAACAUAUGCGAAUGUUAUAUAGUUUGUUUUAUUGUAUUCAGGGUUUGAUUAGUAUUUUUACGCUAACAAAUGUUUAGAUUUAUAGGACUUUUUAAAGCUAUUUACAAGUAUAACAGACAAUAAUUAAAGUAUGCUAUAAUCUUU